AUAUGAAGAUAGCAGACCUCUCAGCGACAUGCAGAGCGCAAUAGAAGAAGCGGGGAAAUGCAUCAAGCGCCAGAAAACAUGCGCUUCCAAGGGCGAGGCCACUGUGAGCCAAUUGAUAGCCAUGGUUGACUCCGCGAAACGAGAGCUCGAAAGCGGGAAAGCAUCGGACCCGGAAGCCACGCUGGCGCAGCUGCACAAAGCGAUAGAGGAGGCGGGGCUGCUAAAGGAGCUGAACUCGAGCACCAAGGAGUUCCACACGUCCAUCGCCAAGCUCGGAAAGGCCCUGGAAAAGGCGUUCGACAUGGAUGCAGACAUCUGCCGCGCGCUGCGGCCCGCGCCGCUGCCGCCCGCCGCCGCCGCCGCCGACCCGGCCGCCGCCGCGGCCGCCGCCGCCGCGGCAGCGGAGCUGCGUGGCGGCGGCGACCCCGCGCUGCUAGCUCGCGUGAUUGCGGAGCACUUGUACCGGGAGGGGCGGUUCGCGCUGGGGGACGCCCUGGCGGCGGAGGCGGGGCUGAUGGACGCGGAGGGGCUGCGGGCGCCGUACUGCGACAUGCACACGGUGCUGGAGCAGAUCCGCGCCCGCAACCUGGAGCCGGCGCUGCAGUGGGCGGUGGCGCACCGCCAGCAGCUGGCGGGGCUGGCGCCGCCGGGGGCAGCAGCGGCGGCGGCGGCGGCGGCAGCAGGAGGAGGCGGAGCCGAGGGGGUGGGGCCGUCGUCAUUCGAGUUCCGGCUACACGCGCUGAACUUCAUUCACACGCUGCAAUCCAAAGGCCGCGCCGCCGCGCUGUCGUACGCCAAGGCGCACCUGGGCCCGCACGCGGCUCGCGGCCACAUGCCCGACAUACAGCGCCUCAUGGGCUGCCUGCUGUUCGUGGGGGCGGGGGCGGGAGGCGGCGGAGGCGGAGGCGGCAAAGAGCAGGAGCCUGCGGCUGCGGAGUCCCCUCGCGCCCCCGGCCCCGGCUGCGCCCCCUACAACCCCUACACUGACCUGCUGUCCCCGGGCGCCUGGGAUGCGGCGGCGCGGGAGUUCGGCAAGCAGGCGUGCAGCCUCAUGGGGCAGGCCUCCGAGAGCCCGCUGACCACGGUGGUGGCUGCGGGCAGUGCGGCGCUGCCCACCCUGCUCAAGCUGGCGGCGGUGAUGGAGAAGGGAGGGCAGGACCUGCGCUCCGUGGAGCAGCUGCCGGUGGAGAUCGCGCUGGGCCCCGAGUUCGUGUUCCGGCCCAUCUUCGCCUGCCCCGUGUCGCGCGACAUGUCCACACCCGACAACCCGCCGCUGGCGCUGCCCUGCGGCCACGUGCUGGCGGAGCAGUCGGUGGCCAAGCUGCUCAAGAACAGGUCGCGUGCCUUCAAGUGCCCCUACUGCCCUAUGGAGUGCCGCCAGGAGUCACUGCGGCCCGUCACCUUCCCAGGCAUCGACUGAGGGGUGGGACUGUGGGCAGAGCGGGAGCCAGGGCAGGAGCCAGGGCAGGAGCCGGAGGUGGACGCUACACUGAGCCGUUCCGGGGCCGUUGCGAGGCGCUGACCGCGAAGCCAGCGGAGCCCAGUGGUCCGCCGCAGCAGACGAGUGUGGACGUGGGCGGGAACGGUGUAGGGUAAUCAUGUGCUCACCGUCUAGGCAGAGCAGGCGGGCCGUUUAGCUGGAUGUCUGAUGGGACAGUGGUAAGGCACAGGGGUAAGGCAAGUUGGCGGAGGCCCGUAGGGUGCAGCUGAUUCCCAUACCGUUUAGCUGGAUGCUCAUCUUCUUGGAAGGUCUCUGGAAGGCGAAGGCUCCUCAAGCAGCCAUUGAUACUGUAUGGGUACUGCUGCUAGUGAAGGCUCAGUGACUGAACUCGAGAGGCCGACCAACAUCACAUAGAAGCACCGGUGGAGCACAGGGUUGACUGCAAUUCCUUGUGGAACAUCGGUGCCCCUGCCAAGCUGCACCCACGGAUCAUGUUGCUGAGCUGCCGAACUCGAACAACCUCGUUCUGAUAGGAGUGGCUCUUGGC